AUGGCGACUGCAUUGCGCUGCUUGAUGCAGCGCGGCAUCUCAAGCGCUGCUACUGCAGCCGUCCGUGCGUCUCCAGCAGCAACAGUAGCAGCACGAGACAAGCAGCACCUGGAGCUGCUGCUGGAGAAGAGCGUCGCGCGCUGUGACGCGUCGCGGGCACUCGCUACGUUUGACAAGCUCCAGACGGACAAUGGCUACAAAAUGACGCUGGACGUACAGUUACUUCAGCGACUUGCGCUGCUCGUUGCCAAGCGCGGACGGCCCCACGAGGCGCUACGAGCCGCACAGAUUCUGCAGUACGUGCUGCGACAGGCGCCGCACUUUCAAGCCGACGAUCGCACGCAGUUGGCCGUGAUUUACACGCUGGACGCGUGUCUACAGCAGCAAAAGCAGCCGCCGAGACGUGGACUAGAGGACGCGCUGUUGCUGUAUGCUGCCGCCAGUAAGAACGACGUGCUGCUGGAUUUGCCAGCUAUUGACGCGCUGCUCCAGGCGCUCGUGGAUGCGCGUCGCGUGGACGAAGCCGUUGCGCUGUUGAACACUCUAGUGGCCCAGCACGAUAACGUGCGGCCGACAGAACAGACGUACGAGGCCGUUCUUGUUGCUAUGAUGCAGCAAAAGCGAUACGAGGACGUGAUGGAGGUGAUUGAACAUGGACGGGCUCAUGCAGUGGCGUUUUCGCCCGAGACGUACGAUGUGUUGGUGGACAUGUCGCAGGAGCACUAUACGGCAGCGAACGUCGAGAGGCUGAGCAAUUUCAUGGCGUAUGUCAAUGACGCUUUGAGGGCGGAUGGGUACUGGGAGGAAGAGGACGACGAUGAGGAAGAGGAUGACGACGAUGGUGAUGGCGGUGAUGAUGAUGAUGACGAUCGAUAUGACGACGACGACGAGUUUGACGACGAUGAGUUUGACUAG